CUCGUGUUUCUCAAUGUUCCGCACGAAUCCCUGUUGCUAAUCAAAAUUUCUGCUGUAGUUUCAUCGCCUGUAUCCAUGUCGGUAUCAUACCUUCGGCGUUGUCUACACACCCGUAUACCCCUUCGCUGCCUUUUCACAGAAUCUUCAGCUAAUUCAGAGCCAACCUCAACCUCAACUUCAACACCCAAUUUGGUUUCAGACGCACUUUUCAAAUCUAGAGUUUCAGAACUGAUUUCAAAGCAGCACUGGUCUCAACUCAAGGACCUAAUUAAACCCAUUAACCCAACUUCUUUUCUUCAACAACUUUUUGAUUCUGGGUUUGAUUCUGCCUCCAUUUUGCCAUUCUUCAGGUGGUCUCAACAUGGUUAUCAGGUUUACCACCCUCUUGACCAUUUAUUCAAACUGCUUAUUUUGUUAGUCAAUGAUAAAAGAUACCCAAAGGUUCGAUCUUUAUUGCAUGAUUUUGUUAAGUAUGGGAAAACCCAUACGGUUUCUUCUGUUUUUCAUACACUCUUGACUUGUAGUGAUAAUGUUUGUGCUAAUUCUAUUAUUGUUGACAUGUUGGUAUUAGCUUGUGUUAAUAAUGCUAAGCUGGAUUUAGCUCUGGAGGCUUUUAAUAGAGCUGGAGAUUAUGAAUUUAAGUUAUCUGUGUUUUCGUGUAAACCGAUGCUUAAAGGGGUGGUGAAUGAGGGGAAAUUUGAGCUAGUAGAGCUUUUGUAUAAGGAGAUGAUUAGGAGGAGAAUUGAGGUUGACGUGUACACGUUUAAUAUUGUAAUUAAUGGGUUGUGUAAGGCGGGGAAGUUGAAUAAGGCUAGGGAUGUGAUGGAAGAUAUGAAGGUUCGGGGGAUUAUUCCGAAUGUGGUUACUUACAAUACGUUGAUUGAUGGGUAUUGCAAGAGGGGUGGGGAUGGGAAGAUGUAUAAAGCUGAUGCAUUUUUGAGAGAAAUGUCGGAGCAGGGGGUGAGUCCAAAUGAGAGAACUUAUAAUACUCUUAUUGAUGGGUUUUGUAAGGAUGACAAUGUCGGGGCAGCUAUGAAGCUCUUUAAAGAAAUGCGGUUUCAAGGGAUGAGACCGGACAUUGUGACGUUUAACUCGUUAAUUAAUGGGCUCUUUGGUGAUGGGAAAGUUGAUGAGGCUCUUGGUUUACGUGCAGGAAUGGUACGUUUGGGGUUGGAGCCUAAUAUUCGGACUUAUAAUGUACUGAUAAAUGGGUUUUCAAAAAUGAAGAUGUUCAGAGAGGCUAAAGAGUUGUUUGAUGAUGUUAUGAAGCAAGGGUUAAAUUUUAAUGUACUUACUUUUAAUACAGUUAUUGAUGCUCAUUGUAAGGCUAGCAAAAUGGAAGAAGCAGUCGCACUUCGUGAGUUGAUGUCGAACAAACUGAUUUGUCCUAACAUUUCGACAUAUAAUUGCUUAUUGGGUGGUUAUUAUCGAGAGGGAAAUAUUGAAGCAGCAAAAAAGCUACUGGAGGAAAUGGAGGAGAAGAGUGUGAAGGCUGAUGUAGUAACUUACAAUAUUCGAAUAGAUGCAAUGUGCAAAAGGGGAGAAUCAAGAAAGUCAGUUAGACUUCUGGAUGAGAUGUCUGAGAAAGGGCUGAUCCCAAGUCAUGUGACUUACAACACUUUGAUGGCUGGCUAUUGCCAAGAAGGAAACCCCAAGGGAGCUGUUACUAUUAGGAAAAGAAUGGAGAAGGAAGGAAAGCAACCAAAUGUCGUCACUUACAACGUCUUGAUUAAAGGUUUCUGUCAAAAAGAUAAGUUGGGAGAAGCAAAUGCUUUUUUGAAUGAGAUGUUGGAAAAAGGAUUGGUACCCAAUAGAACUACCUAUGACAUUAUCAGAGAAGAAAUGAUAGAGAAGGGAUUUGUCCCGGACAUAGAUGGACACCUCUAUAAUGAUGUUGUCAAUUGUUAAUUAUGGCCGAGAAUUUUGAUAGUGGUCUAAUAGACUCAUUCCGUCAUUGCUUUUGGUACCCCGUAUUCUGUCAUUGUUAUUUCACACUUAAACUACUUUUUUGAGUACUCUGCUCUUCGAGAGGGAGCGAAAACUUUUGUGGCUCUUGGUUCCAGAGCAAUGCAGGAUUGGUUAGUCAUAUUGAAUGGGUGCAACUCAAUGGAGGAUGUGUCUGCUUCUCUUUUGCGCCACAAAAAACAAUCUUCUGUGCUCAGACAUAGUCGCAACUGAUGCAAAAGGUGAAAUUAGAUAACAGUUCUUUAGUUCUUGUUUUUUCAUUUUCUUCGUGCAAUCCUUCUAUGUGAUUAUAGUGAGAUAUACGUCAUAAUGGUGUCAAUGGAUGAGCUGUUAUUUCCGAGAAAUGAUGGUUGAUUUCAUCCAAUAUUUGGUGAUGUUAAUUUCGCUGUUGAGUCUUUACCACUAAAAUCUGUCAACUGAUGUAUAAUAUGAUACACAACAUAUUAAUGUACUCAGGUCCCUGAGUAUCAUGUAACAGUUGAAUUAGUUUUGCGAGGGGUCUGUGAUGGAUAGAUUAAUGUUCUUGACUCAAUACAAGAUUAAACUGAAAUACUGCUCAAAUGCAUGGAAGAAAUAGAGUUGUUGUGAGGAGCCAUGCAUGAAUGUCAAAAUAAAAUGGUAAUUUGAGCUCUUGGGGAGAUUGUUUGCCCUUGUAGGAAGGUUCAACUUUAUAAGAACCUUAGAUAGAUGGUCGUUUAGACAUGAUGCUAGCUCUGAGUUAAUUGAAUCAUUUAAAUGAUGAACUGUAAGUAUAAAGAUCCAAAAGAUAAAGUAUGCAGAUAACUGAGGUUGCUGAUAUUGUCCUAGAAACUUACCUGCAAUAGUUUGAGACUGUCUUUUUUUAUCAAUAUAAUCAUUACUUACCUGUUCAAAGAAAAAAUAUCUGAAAGAGUUUGAAUUGUUCUUCCAUAUUCUUAUUUUAUUCUCGUGGAAAAAAGGUUUAUACAAUAAAUGAUUUGCAAGUCAUGUGUACUGUCAUGCUUACAAUAUUUAGAUGCUUACAAAAUUUACAUUUUUGGUGUAAGAGGAGGACCAUUGUGCAGGACAUAGGAAACAUCCGGACCUUAUGAGCUUCUUUCACUCAUAGUAGGAGACAUCCAGGACUACUUGUACAUUUUCAGCCACUGCAUAUAAAUGCAACAGAAAUGAAUAACACCGUAAACAUUGAACACUAUUGAUCUAAUAGGAAGCGUGUUACUAUCUUCAUUUUGCUACUAGGAAUUCCAGUUUGUAAAUGAUUUGAUUUAGAUGAAACUGGUAUUCCCUACUCAUUCUUUCUCUUUAAUUCAAGAGUAGGUAAUGUUUUCGGGGCUUAUGGUGGUGGGAGUUGGAAUGAAGCUGCAUAGCAUUGUCGGAAUAUGACUUCUAAUUUAGUUUUUGUUUGUUUACUAAUUGUAUGGGCGAAAAACUUCACGUCAUAUAUUUGACAUGGUCAACAGAGAUAAAGCCUUUGAAGGUCCAUGACGUGUCGAUCUAACCCAAAGGUCGAGGUCAGAUUAGGAAGGCAAAUUGUCGUCGAGGACGAGGUGGCUCGACAGAAGACGAGGACAAGGACGAGUACCCGACCUCAGUACGCAGUAAUGGCUAAUUUAAGGAUUUUGAUUUCCUAAAGGAAUAUUCUAGUGAAUAUUCCUCUCUGUUGUACUAUCUAAGGUUUUAUGGCCCAUGUACCCUUAUAAAUAGGAAGAGAUGAAGUUCUAGAAAGGGGAUCGGACAUUUCUGUAAAGAACAACAUUGACAUUCUCUGUGAAGAUUCUCUCUUUAUUGAAUACAUACAAAGUUUACCUUUAUA